AUGGGCUUUGUUGGGGAUUUAGCUGCAAGGGAGAUGUGGUGCAGGUGGGUUACUUUGACAGGUGUUGUCGUCGGCAUCUCUGGCGUGGUUUUGGUUUCACGUAUGUGGAAGUCACGCCAUUGUGCCGACUUUCAGGAUGCCACUUUUGCUGCCAGGUAUGCGGCAGUUCUGGGAAAGCAGGAUGAACUGCCCGGGGAACAGCCUGACGAAGACGCAAAAGUAUUGGUGCUCUACGGCAGUACGUCUGGUAACGCCGAGGGUUACGCCAAAAGCCUUGUGGCGGACCUGAAGGACCGCAGUGUCGCGGCUGCACGUGUAGACCCCUCCUCUUGGGGUUACCUCGACCAGUGCAAGUUGCAGCCCUACCACCAACAACGCCUUUUCACGUCGGGUGCGAAGGGGGGAUCACCCAUUCUUGUUUUUGUAGUCUCAACCACGGGAGAGGGUGAACUUCCGGCGAAUUUUAUUUGUCUCUACUCUGAAAUGCAAUCGGUCUUGGAAGAGGCAUCUAGGAGCGGCACAAAACCUUUUGAGGGUUUAAUGUACGCUGUAUUUGCCCUGGGCGACAGUUCCUACAAGUACUACUGUCGAGGAGGAGUGCAGGUGAGGCAGCUCCUGAAGACGGGUGGUGGAACGGAAAUUUUGCCUGCUGGCUUUGGGGAUGCACGUAAUCCGCUCCAGGACGACGUCUUUGAUGCAUGGGAAGAAGCUCUCAUGGAGGCGUUGGAAGAGCAAUGCGGAGUGACACUGACAGCCGGCUCGAACGUUCCGCCCGAGCCGCAGUUAGUAUUUCGGUUUACGCCUGAUAAGCCCUUCAGUGCCUUGCCCUAUCCGUCUCCACUAUCUCUUUUGGAGCCAUCCAUGCAGUACCCAGCUCAAUUUAAGGUGGAGGCCAAGACGUCACGUAGCAAGCGGCGUGAGGAUGGCUCUUACAUCCUGCACUUGGUUGUGAAUAUAGAGGGGUACACAACGAGUUAUCAGGCCGGAGACCAUCUUGGUAUCUACCCCAUUAAUCCACCUGAUGUGGUGGAGGCGUAUCGACGACUACUAAAAAUCACAGAGGAAGACUGGGUAAAACCAGUAGAGCUUUGCACGGAUGCCAACGUACGCGCGCGGGCUUCAUUAAAAAACUCGUUUCCUGCACGUGUUGCCUUAGGGACCGUGUUUGAGCGCUACUUCGACUUGUGUAGCAGGCCUCGUAAAUCGCUGCUGCGAGUUUUAGCGAGCUAUUGUUCGGACUCGGAAGAGAAGUCUCGCCUCAUGGAAUUAUUGCAUCGAGGCGUAAGGGCAAAUGGCGAGGAUGGAGCACAAAACAUCCCGGCAUCAUUGCCAACGCCAUCCCUUACUUUUGCAUCCACAUCCGCCUCCUCAUUCUCCCCUCAUUACCGUACUGUGCUGGAUUAUUUGAAAAUGUUUCCCAGUUGCUGCUGUAUACCGCUUGGACACCUUUUGGAGCUUAUGCCACGGAUGCAGCCACGCUUUUAUUCGAUUGCGUCAGACAUGCUGACACAUCCCACCACAGUGGAGGCGUUUGUCCGUGUCAUUCCUGAUGGAUUGAACUCGCGCUACCUCGAACGCAUCGCUGUCGGGGAAAAGAUUACGGCGUUUAUCCGCAAGUCUACAUUUCACCUUCCUGUAAAAUGCGGCGGGCGGCCAAUACUGAUGAUUGGUGUUGGCACCGGCAUUGCGCCCAUGGUGGGGUUCUGUUACCGGCGAGAGGCCUUACUGAAGAAGCAGCCGUCCGUUGCAUGUGGGCCGAUGAUUCUUUUCUUUGGGGCGCAGAGACGUGCGACGGAGUAUUUUGUGAAGCUGGAGCUGGAGCGCUGGUGCCUCCAUGGUGAGGGAAAAAUUCGUGCCGCUGACGUGCCCCCACCCUCGUUAGUUCAUCUGCUUGAUUUGGCGUUUAGUCGCGAUCAACCCGAAAAGUAUCACGUGACCCAUCUUAUUGAGAAGCACAAGGAGUACCUCGCGCAACUGCUCACCUUGACGGCGAAGGACGGCUGUCUCGUUUACCUCUCAGGCGAUGCCGCCCACGUGGCACAAAGCGUGGACCAAGCCUUGGUGAAGCUCCUGCAGGGCACUGGCAUGACGCGGCGUGCAGCAGCAGAGUUUUUGGAAAAAAUGGAGCAGGAACGUAGGUACAUGAAGGACGUGUACUGA